AGGGCGCCCCUCGCCGAUGAUGAAGAACCCGGUGGCGCAGGCGGCGGCGUCGCUGCUAGAGAAGCUGCUGUUCCUCGUUCACGUCCGGCCCCUUCCCGCGGGCUCCCGCGACGAGCCACCGCCGGCCCCUGGGUACUACGACACCAGCUGCUUCAAGCGAGGUGACCUGCUAGAGGUGCCCCGCACCCUCUUCAUCCACUUCGGCAUCUACCUGGGCGAGAACCGCGUCGCUCACUUGAUGCCCGAUAUCUUGCCCGCUGUUACCGGUGACCGCCAGCAGAUCCAGCAGGUAGUGACCAACAAGCGGCUCAUCUUGGGCGUCAUCACCAAAACGGCCAGCAUCCGCGUGGACACGGUGGAGGACUUCGCCUACGGCGGCAGCAUCCUGGUCAACCACAUGGACCGGCUCUUCGAGGACCAGGUGCUGGGCAGCGAGGAGGCGGCCCGCCGGGCGGAGAAGCUGGUGGGAGCCACGGCCUACAGCCUGCUCUGGAACAACUGCGAGCACUUUGUCACCUACUGCCGGUACGGAGCUCCCGUCAGCUUCCAGACCGACAAGUUCUGUGAGACUGUGAAGAUGAUUAUUCGGGACCAGAGGAGUGUUCUUGCUUCGAUGCUUGUGGGAUUAGCAUCAAUAGUCUGCCUCGGUUUGGCACCUUCCACCACACUCCCCACUAUCUUUGUUCCCUUCUUUCUGUGGAUGGCUGGCUAACAGCCUUCCUGGAAGUUCACAGCUUAUCUGUAUAUAGGAUGUAUACUACUGUAUUUAUGACAGCACAGAUUACUCAUCGGUGUCUUAACCUUGUGUGCCACGUUUAAAUGCAACUUUGUCUAUAAUACAGUGCACAGGGCAUAGCUUACUAUGUAAGCCAAAUAACAGAUUUCCUGAAAAUCUCAGUUGGUACAUUUUAACACACUUUUAAAUCAUGAAAAAGUAGGGAUGUGAUGCAGUUCUGCUCCUUGCCUUUCUUUUGCCGUGAUUCCAGCAAUAUCCUUCUUGUUCUUCAGUUCCUUAGCUGCAUACCCAGGUGCUGUAACUAUUAAUAAAGAUGGAUGAUGGAAUUUUCAAAGUGUUGGAUACUGAGACAGUACUACUUCCUUUUAUAGAUACAGUGUAUGUUUAGAAGUUAUUGUCUCUGUUCCUGAAAUACUGUUUAGUGGAGACACAAGUAAAAUGACUGGUUUUGAUAACAAAGAAAUAAACCCAACCCUAGUCUAGGUGCUGCAGGAGCACAUCUGGCCAGGAUGGCUACAGUCAUUUCCCUUCUGGGAAAUGUUUGCAAAUCACUCAUUCAUAUUAAUUGCUUAAGCACUUGCUACCAUAUCAAACAACGUCUUAAUUUGGUUAGUGGUGAGGAAAGACAAUUCCUCAGCCUUUUUUCUUGCUACUGGUAGUAAUUAGUAUGGCUAACGUAAACAGCUACAGAAGAUUUUAGGGGACACAGGAAGCAACAAUCUUGUUUUAUGACAACUGGUGACACACAAAUGUCGAUAAGUUUCCUGCGUUCCAGGGCCCAUGGUGGGGAGGAGGAAGACAGAUGCCAGUUUAGUUCCUAUUUCCUCAGCUCUGGGUGCCAUAAAGCAUCAGACAUCAUUUGAGCAGUUUCUGUAGUGGCUAUAUCGUCCUUCUGGAUAUUGCCUUAACACAAUAUGCCUCUUGGUGAGAGAUGAUGUCCAUCUAUACUCUUCUGUUGUGAAUAAGUAUUCACUUGCAAGCCAGCAGUUGGUGCUAAAAAUGUUUCAUCUUCACUGUUGGGGCUUUUUUCUUUAUAAAGAACAUGUAAAGUUGGAUUUGAAUUCAAGUUCAUCUAGCCAAUUGUUCGAGUGCUCAAAACCUUUGCUGUGUUUUCUGUUAGCAAUUUCAUGAUGUACGCAGAGAAACCAGCUUCUGGAAUGCCUUGUGUGUGAUACACACACUUACACGUGGUCUCAUGCAAUGCUUGCCUGCCUUCUAGUCAAAGGCAAAUACAAUGUCAUCACCAAGGAUUGAAUCUCUGAUUUACUUCUUUCUAUGAGUGGUGGUCAGUAUCCCAUCAUCAGCUCUGCUACUUAAAUGACAUGACCACUUACCCCAUUUUUAGAGAUACUCAUUUUAACUGUGCUACAAACCUCUUUCUCUACACCAUACAGCUGCUUGAAGAUUGGAUUCUUGAACUAUGAGUCUACUUGACUGCUCUCUAAUCAUCUUUCUUCUUCUGGCUGCUCCACUAUAAACGACAAAGAAUGUACAGACUGGGAUGAAAUUCCAGACUCAUAGGAAACAGCAGCAUGACCACUGCCAUCAGCUGAGAGGGGAUUUCAGCCCAGCUUUCAGUACACGUUCAGUCAGCAGCCCAGCUCCAAGCAGCUGGAUAUCAAUUACUGUUUGAUCCUUGUAAACAGCUUCUGUUCUGCUCUGAAAGGCUGCAAUGCUGAGUGUAACUGUUUCUGGUAAACUUUCCACAUUAAGAUGUUUUUUAAUUAAAAUUAAUUAUGUUUUUAUAGUGUAUGCCUUAGUAA